AUGGCGGCCGAUGGCCGGACUGGCGUUCGCCUGUCGGUUGCUUCACAGUUCUUCAAUAACGCAGAUGUUGACACUCUUGUCGCUUCAGGAGAGUAUUCUGCUGAAGAUUCAACGUCAGAGAAGGUGAGUUGCUGAAAGAGCAAGGCACCAAGAAAUUUUUGGAAUUAAUUUCUUGCACGGCACGUGCGUAUGGAAACAGCGCUCUUACAGCAUGGUACACUUCAGUGUUUUAACUUGUCUGAAACAUCAAGCCUGAGUUAUUUAUCAAAGGAAAAAUAUUUUUUUAAAAAAAUUGCCAGACGUAAAAUGAUAUGUCUUCUGUGUUUGAAACAAUGUAGUAGUAAGCUCAGAGGAAACAAAAUACCCAUCAUUUUGAAAUCGUGCUUACAAUCACAUAGCUUUAAUUAAAACAUGUACUUUAUUUAUUCAGGUGAUUGACUUACUUAAUCAAGCCCAACUUGAAAAGGAAAAUAAAUUGAAUUGCUUGAAACAGGUAUGACUUAACCUUGUGUGUUUUACUUCUAAAGAAAUAAACAUGCAUUGUCAGACAAUGUCAUUAAGGAUUACUGUACUGCCAGAUCAAAAAAAUAUGAGUGUUUGUGUCUUUAUUAUUUGUUUAUUUUGAUUUUUCGUUAAAUUCAAAGGUUUUAAUAGUAGCCCUUAAUAAACAUGUUACAUCAGAUGAGCAAAUUUUGGCUGGUGCUCAAAUUACCAAAUAGAAGAAAAAUGUUCACUUGCCAAAAAUCGGCCUGUUAAAGCAGGGGGGAGAUAUAAGCAUUUUUAUGUGAAUCUUGUUAUUGUCCAAUGACUCCUUUUUUAUCUUGCUCUUUAUGAAUGUGCCAUUUAAUCCCCAGCCUGCAAAUACAGCCAUUUCUCCUAGCUCCUCACUGCCAGGGACAUUUCGCCAGAAGAACCUCUGUGAAUCAGCGACAGAAAUUCCAUACUGUUGAUGUAAAUCAAUGUUUACAUAAUACAUUUGCCAGUUAUGGGGUUCCAAAUGUAAAAUCUGUUUGAUUUUAUGUUUCUCCUGGUCGAUUAUGGUAAAGUUUUGUGAACUUUUGCAAACGAGCUCCAGCAAAACUCCGAUGCUUUUUCUAAAGAAUAAUAUAUUUUAGGAAUAUUGACUGAUUUGUAGUAGAUUCAUCACGUUUACAUUUGACCUUUGUGGCCUUUUGUCUUUUUUCUGUCAUUCGUGAACAAUAAUGUAAAACAAUUUAACCACUAUGUCAACCAAUCAGAGCUCCUGACCAGACUCCAGACAGAUUUUUGGUCAUCAGUAUGGAAUUUCUGUCACCGAGUCUCAGACAUUCCUCCUGACAAAGUUUCCUUAGCAGUGAAAUGCAAGGAGAAACAGCUGUAUUUGCAGGUUAUUUAAUCCCAUUAUUUCACAAAAUUAAUUUGAGUUUUUGUGAUGUCACACUUGUCUAACCAAUACCACUUCUUUUUAGAAUGUUUUUGUGACUGUUCAUGUAAAGCUGGAUGUGCAUAAUAACCAUAACCUUUGUUACAUUGAUUGUUCCCCAGAUACAUGUAUUUGAUCAACUCCCUUAUCACAGUCUAACAACACAAUAAUUCACCACUGCUCAGGACUAAGUUCUCAUUACUAAAUUCUCCCCUGCAGGUUCAAGAGUUUAUUGUGAAUAAAGAUCCUACACUGCUGGAUAAUUUUCUAGAUGUAAGUAUGUUAAGUAAUUUAUUAUUGGUCUAUCUCCCUGUAAUAAUGUACAGCUGUAGCGUGCACAGAUUCUGUUAUAACAGGCAAGGUCAAUUCAAAGCUUCUGUUUCCCUAACAAUGGCGACAAUAAUACUUUGGAUCAAAACCCACCAAUCAUGAGUACAUAAUUAUCAUGAUACACUGUACCCCAAUCACUAGCAAACAUGGUGGCACAAUGUAAUAAUUAUAGUCCCACUCAGUAAAAUUUGCUGAGUGGGACUAUUAUUAGUACCACCGGAUGGUACAUGUAUAUAUACAUGGUGUUGAACAUUUAAUGAAGACCUACAUUGUGCAGUGAAAAUCAUGUCACUAUCAACUGGUUGAUUAUCACGAGACAAAUGAUAAGUGGUCGUACAGUAAAAUAAUAUUAUCAUUCAUGACAUUCUAAUUCAAUUUGUUGAUUGUCUCAUUCCAGGAAAUACUAGUUUUUCAGCAGGACAGAUCAGCAGAUGUGCGUCGAUUUGUUGUUGGAUUCAUUGAGGAAGCAUGGUAAAUUAAUGUCGAUAUGAUACAUGCAAUAAAUUGUUGACAGUUCAUAUACCACUGAACAACAUGUCAGGACAGGAAAAAAAAUUAAAUCCACUUGUCCAGUGGGCAAGUGAAUUUCAGUUUUCACUUGCCCCCACUUAAAGUAUUAUUGCCUGAAGAGAACACAAUGCCUUAUUAUAUAUACUGGAGUUCUAAUAUAAGUCGCUCUCUAUAUUAUAAGUUAUUGAUUAUAACAAGGUAGGUAAGACCUAAACUACACUAUAGUACUUUUAAUGCUGUGCCAGGUACAGAGUAACUACUGGAAGAAGAGUAACACAAGCUGCAAGCAAAUUUGCUCUUGGAUUUUGAUUUAAAUUAAUUCAUGCUUUCAAUUCAUUGUGUUACUCAUCUUGAAGUCUUCAGGUUUGAGAUAGUUUGUCUGGAAAAAAUCAUUUACAGUGUACCAAGCUGACACUUGCAGACAGGCUCACACGACCACUGAGGCUAAUUUCACCUGCCCACUGGGCCACCAAACUUCUAUUUUUACUUGCCCAAGAUCAACAUUUAUUUGCCCAGCGCAGUGGAACCUGGGUUUUUUCCUGCCCUGUAUGUUAACAGUCUUUUUUGAGUUUUAUAAUUGCAUUAUAAGUAAGUGCGGCCAAUUCUCAUUACACAUGAAAAAUACUGAAGUAUUAUGCUACAGGUUAAGAUUUUCACAUGAAUUUGUGACACAGCAUUGUUUGUUGCUGAUUAUCAGAGAUUCUGAGUGAAAUGAACAAAUAAUGUUACUUGGUAAAAGAGCAAGGAUGCUCUAGAGAGCCUCUAUUCUCUAAAGAGGAACAAGCCUUGGUCACCACUGUUCUCUUUUCAUUUAGCAGUUUUAUUGGUAUAUCUUUUACUUUUUUCCAAACCUUCAGCAAGAAAGAUAUCGAACUGCUGAGUAAAGUGCAAAAUACUUUGGCAUUUAUGCUGAACGAUGACAAUGUCGCAGUGCAGAAACGAGUCAUGCUGUGUGUUACACAGCUCUACAAGUUUGCUUUACAGGUUAGUACAUGUAGAUUAUAGCCAUUGCUAGUUGAAUGUUAAACCGCUAGAUUCUCCUUCAAAUCAGCUUUUGUUUGCUGGUGAAAAACUGGAGAAUUAGGCAUGAGAUCAUCAGUCACAUUUUGAUUGCUAGUUUUGCUGAAAAAAAUGCAACAAUCACACAAUCCUUCCAGCGACAAUAGCUGAAAUACACCUAAAUUCUAUUCCCAGGUAGGCACUGUUCUUAGGUACAGCUAUACACAUGUAUGUAGUAAAUAAUAGCUCAAGACAAAUAACAUUGUUUGUGAAAUCACCCCCUAAGUAAAUGUAGAAGGUCAUGUACAUGUAAGUUAACUUCUAAAUACUUUACAACACAAGGGUGUUCACUGUACAAGCAUUAAUGAAAAUGCAGCAAAUGUUUCCAUACAUAUGUGCAUUAAUAUACUGUACACCUGUCUAAUGCAAUGCAAAUUACAGCUGUACAAUAUUACAGGGCGUUACCAAUCGAUGAAACCGAUGAUCGGAAAAUCAAUCGAUCAAUUGAUGACAAUCGAUGCCAAUUAAUCGAUUGAUAUCGAUAAUCGAUGAACAAUCGAUGCUCGGGUUUUAUGUGAUUAUCGAUUUCAUCGAUUAUCAAUUCUUAUCGAUUAUCAAUGCCAAUCGAUCAGUUAAUUGUCAUCGAUUGGUUUUCAUUUUUUAUGCGUUUUAUUUUCAGUCAAGAUUUCCAAAAACACGGUCUCUUUAUGCAUUUUAAUGAUGAAAACUGCGAUAAAACUUUAAUUUUUCUCACAACGGUGAUUGAUAUAUCGUGGAGAACAUGGGGAUACGAUUUUAUGACAAAAUCCAUUUUCAAUAAGGCAUCAAAUUGAUGAAUUGUGAUGAAACUGUGGCAAAGAAUAACCAAUAUACGCCAGGACAAUUAAGCCUGCAGUGAACAAAAUUCAUUUUUUGCCCAGUUUACUUUGUGCACCUUUGUUGUGACAAACAAGUAAUAAAGUGAUUGCUGAAGUCUAUCCACGUUGUUUCUGGUUUAUUUUAUUACAGUUCAGUAUAAUUACAUCACCCACCAUUCAGAGCUGACUCGUCCCCAGGCGUCUCUCCAUCGCCAGACUAAGAGACGGUAGGGAAAGAUGUCAGCAUUCUCGCAGUUCGUCUAGAUAUCUUUAAACACAUAACACUACACUUAAUUAUUCUCAGAAAUUUUACACGGAUAAAUCAGAUAAUAAUAAUUUCAUCUUGCACGGCGUGUGGACAGGACCUGUUGGAAAAAUAGGAAAUAGUGGAAAUAUAAAAUUCCUAAAAAUUCAUAUCAACCAGAUAUCAACAGUAUAAAGGACAGCGAAAGGAACAGCUAAGCGAAAAGGUGUGUUGUUGACUUGCGUUUCUUCAAAACACUGUUUCAAAGGGUGUUUCUGUUGUUGAUUUUUGAAAACAUGCAACAGCAUACGAACAAUCCGGUGAACGAAUUCAAAUGUCAAACAUUUGUGCGUACUGCGAGUGCGUAUACGUACAGGCUGGAACAUGUGGGAUACCGAGAUUUUUUCAACGCCAAUCGAUGACAAUCGAUGAGUUGCGACCACUUUUGUGUGAUUAUCGAUUGGUCAUCGAUUGGCCGAUGCCAAUCGAUGCCAAUUAACUAACAAGGCAUCGAUUGUCAUCGAUUGAUCGAUUGAUUUUCCGAUCAUCGGUUUCAUCGAUUGGUAACGCCCUGAAUAUUAUGUUGUUUCAAUAUAGCUUUACAAUUGUACUUAAAUUUUCUUAAGAAUUGAACAUGUGAAAUUGUUCUAUUCUGUCUUCAGUACAUUUGCAAACAUAAGGCAGUAUCAGAAGAAGUGGAACACAUGUGGGAGGUGAGAAAACCUUAAAACUAAAGUGCUUAUGGAACAAUUUGGUUUCAGUGAAAACACUAAUUCAACCUUUCAAUUUCUAGUUAAAUUAUUAUUCCAGUUGCUGGGAUAAUUAAAUCAAUCCUGCCUUUCAUAUUUCCCAACUUUUGUGUCACUUCAUUUUUUUAAAUGUGACAUAUUGCAAGUACCUCAGACUACCACACUUUACAAGUUACUCCACUCACUGAGGGAAAUUCUUGCCUAUUAACCAUUCCAACAACUGGGCUGUGAUAUCCUACAGGCCAAUUCUGUAAAUGGAAUGUAAUUAGCAUGUGUUAGUAUGCAGCUACUUUUGGCCAUGGGACCUGCAGCUCUCUUGUUACAUUCACUUUAUAAUUUCAUUUAAUAAUAAUUACAUCAAGAUUUAUCUAUUCAGUUGUUAUUUAUUCUUGUAUUUCUCUUGUUUACAGCUCCUUAUUCAGAUCAAAGAACAGAUCAUUGAUAUGUUGGAGUCUGAAAAUGAUGGGUAAGUGUCUUUGCUUGAUGUAAAAGAAUUAAUUGACUUAACAUGUUCUGACUGCAAUGCAGUUUUCUUUGUGUAAUACUGAAAACUUAGUGAAUGGCACUUGAAACCUUUGCAAACCAACACAAGAAAAUCUUCAGCACUUGUUACUAACUACAUGUAGUUAGGACAAAAAUUGUUAGUAAUUUAUGUACCAGAGUGGCAUGAUUCUAAUAACUAUUUUAAACUUUGUAUGAACCAGCAAUUUGUACUGCAUACCCUGACUACGUCCCACGAUUUUAUGGCAUAACAUGCAAGAAGUAAAUACACUCAACUCCCUUUAUAGCAGACAUUGUAGGCACCUUGAGUUAGUGUCCUCAUGAUUGAGAGUCUGUAAUAGCGGGAGUUUAUUUCAGUCAAACAUUUUGCCUGGGAUUUAGCUGCUGUCUGUAUUAUCAGGGUGUCCGUUAUAGCAGGGUGUCCGCAAGGCAAGAGUUGAGUGUAAUGUACAUGUUGUAUUCUAAUCCUUAAUGACAUUUUUGAAGUUUCUGUCCAAGAGGUUAACAGUUCUUGAAGCUCAUAAAACAAUACCACAUCACAUCACAUAACAUAACACCUCUAAAUUGGCAAUUCAAACCCUCAAAGUACUGGGUCCCUUAAUCUGCUUUAAAAAAAGACAAAUUGUACACUGUAGCAUUAUAGUUUCUGUAAUAAGAUACCUCUGCCAGCUAGAAGCUAAGUUUUGGUAGGUUUGGCAAUGACCAACAUCUCUGUCUUCUGAAUGUUGUUGUUUUAGAAUCAGAACUCAUGCAAUAAAGUUUAUCGAGAUGCUAGUGUUGGUACAGUCACUUAAGUCUCAGGUAAUAAUACUACUUUUACCUAGUUAGUUAGAGCUCUCCUGUAAAUCACCUUAAUGGACUUUGGCUUAUUUCAGGAUAUCUAUUGCAAAUUCUUGUGAAGGCAUGGUACAUGUAUUCUUUUACAUGUACAAUGUACUACUUUAAUGUCUGAUAUUUCAUUCACAAAUCCAAAGUCAACCUUUUGAUAUCCUUCUCUUAGUGCUCUUUGUAGAGGUAAAAGAUGUAAAUUUUCAGCAAUCUAGUUUUGGUCAGUCUCUUUCGCUACUGCCAGCAUAAUGGUAGUCAAUACAUUUCUUUAUGAAUUUUAGGAUUCUGAGUCCCUUAAGAAAGGUGAAGCAGACAUCUCAUUGGAAAUAGUUCCCAGGAAUCACCCACUCAUUAAGAUGACUGAACUCAGAGAAGAAGGAGGAUCCAUGUUAGAAACCCUGCUUACACUUAUUGCUUCCCACACCAUUUCCAGGUUGGUAAACUGGUGUUGUCACAGUCAUGGACUGUUUACCCCAACAAAUCAAAACAUUCCCCUUAACCUUAUAAAGUUGUUUGUUAUCAACAGGAAACCACAAAACAAAUCAAAAAUUAAUGUGAAUUUAUUGUUGUUUGUAUCUUCUUAGUGUCAACCUGAUGGCUGCUCUUGGAUCCUUGUCUGCUAUUGCUCGUCAAAGACCUGCUUUUAUGGCAAUUGUCGUCCAAGCAUUUGAAUCUCUGCAUGGUAUUGUUAGACUAAGCUAUAACUACAGUGAAUGUGUAACAGGCAAAAUGUUGUCCUCUAAAUUAACCCUCACUCUUACGAGUGACUGACAUCAUUCUCCCAACAUCAACAUUACAUUAUCAAGGGAAACGUUUAUAAGAAUUACUGAAAUGAUCACCAAUAGGAAAAUGCUAUGAUCUUUUUCUCAAAUUCUUUCAACCUACAGCUGUAUUCUUUAAGGAGAUGGAAGAAAAUUUGUGUGAAGAAUUUAUACCUGGAUAUAGGUCCUCAGAGGAUUAAGGAUUGUGUUACAACAAAAUACAAUACAUGUAUUUUUCACAUAAUAUUUUGUAAUGUUAUCAUUGAUCUUUUUUGUGUCCUGUACUAACAGUCUUCUUAGUGAUGUAUCUUAUUUAUUACUCUGUGAUUUGCAGCUAAUCUUCCCACUUCACUGAGCAAAUCUCAAGUUAGCAGUGUUAGAAAAAAUCUUAAGGUAUUGUAAAGUUAAUGAUUUAUAGCUUAAAUGUAAGCUGUAUACUGCACAAAAAAUGCUUCUUAGGUCAAGAAAAUACAUUCUGCUAAGAAAUCACGAGAGCGAAUUCUUGGAACUAGUCUCCCACAAUAUACACAACAUUCAUGAAGAUGUAUUCAUGCAAACCUGUUCGUCCCCAUCCAAGAAAUUAUUCAAGUAUUCUUUCUUCUUGUUUCUCUUGUCUUUCCAGCUUCAUCUAAUGAGCUUGUUGAAACAUCCUUCUUCAGGUAAUUAAGCACUGAAUAAUAAUUUUAGUAUUCUUGGAUUUUCUGUGAGUGAGCUAAAGGAGCUUUCAUGUACUUUACAUUUGUAUUAUUCUAGUAAUGGCAACAGUUUGGUUGUAUUUGAACGAGCAAAAAACCUUUGCUUGUCCAUUAAUCAACUUUCAAUGAAGAGGCCCUGUCCUGGGGGGUUUUUCCUAACUUUCAGCCACAACACAAUACUGGUGACACCUUGGAUGCAGAUGAAAACACCAAAAUCAAAUUCUCUCACAAGGAAAGAUUGAUUUAUACACUACUGUUUUUUGUGGCCUGUAAUUACAGCUUCCUCUCAAUAUUUUGCACCAGAAGGGAAAAAAAUCCCUUUCACUGGGAGUGAGGUGCCUGAAGUUUAUUCAUCAUCUUCCUGGUUAUUUUGUUUCCCUUUGGAAAUGUUGCUUCUUCUACAUUUCCUGAAGACUUAACAUGGAAAAGUGUCUUUUCGUUUUGGCUCGUUUUCCACGUUUUGGUUAUUCUGAUCAUUUUGUUUUGUUUUUCAGUGGAGUUUCUUCCUCAAAUCACAACACUUCUAACAGAUCUUGGAGCAUCACAGGCUGAGGUCAGUUGAAAAAAUAAGGAUCAUUUUAAUCACAAAAUCCCUUUAAUACUUUACAUGCACAUGUGAAUGUACUGCCAUCUUUGAAACGCACGCAGCUAUUGUGGUCAACAAACGUCUAAAUUACAUUUAGCAAAAUUAAAAAAUGGCUGAAGCUUUACAAGUAGUAUUGUUGGAUGGCCUCUUUGCUUGUACAGUGUACAGCCACGCAUGCCAUAGUUUAAUAUCCUUUGCUGCAGAUGCCGUUUUCCUUCUUUACCUCGCUGUAUAUUCAGGGGGGCAAAGAAAAUCAUUUUUACAGCUUGCCAUUUGGGCAAGCUGAAGAAAGCAUUUACUAGCCCAAACGUCAUUUCAACUAGUCCCAAAAGCUUUCUGACGAGCAGAAUUGAUUUCACAGUUCUUCCUCAGUUUGAAUUCCUCAAAAAUCAUUACUUGCCCGUCGGGCAAGUUAAGAACAGAAUUCGCCACUUUCUUUGCACGCUGACAUUGUAAAACAGGUAGCGAUUUACCUCAUAGAGAUGCGUUGAAUUGUCAAAAUUUUUCUUAUCCCAGAGGUUCCAAAUUUUGCACUCACAGAUUUGUUAAAUUGUCAAAGUCGUUCUUACUCCAGAGGUUCAAAAAUUUUGCACGCAUAUUUUGAGGUCUUUUCUUGUUACAAAAAUUUGCCAUUUUAACUUAAUACAUGUAAUUGUUUAUCUAUAAUUUCUUUACUAUCACAGUUACAAAGGAAUAUGCCAAAACCCAGUGCAGAGAAACGAAGGUAGGUUACUUAUCAAUUAGUUAAUAGCUUAAACAUACGUGAGUCUGAUACAGUCAACUCCCUCUAAGACGGACACCUUUAGGACCGGCAGUAAGUGUCCGUCUCAGAGAGAUGUCCGUCUUGUAGAGAGUCAACUAAAGGGAGUAAAGAAAGCAGGGACCAACUCUAGGUGUCCGUUUUACAGAGGUGUCCAUCUUAUAGAGGUGUCCGUUAAGAGAGAGUCGACUGUAUAAGUAAAGUAAAUAUUAACAUCCUGUCCACGUUAGUUUUGUAGUUGAUAGGACUGUUGUCAACAGUAACUGAGGUUUGUAAGACCUAAGUCAAUAUAAUAGUGUAUGGUCAGAAAGACUCUAGGACGGUAUUGUCUGAUUUGUCAAUUUAGCUCAAAUUUAUUUGGUUGACUUCCUGGUGAAAGUAAAUUAAAUAAUGGCAUUGUUUUAAGGUGGAAAAUCAACCAAGCCCUGGGCUUAUGAUCUUCAUCAUGCAAAAACAGUUCAUUCCGCGUCAUUUCGUCCUCAAACGGAACAUUUAUAAUUAGAAAUCAUACAGUCAUGUACGAAGUCCCUGCAUGAGAAAGUGCAACCCUAAAACGCUAUUUCUAUUUAUGUUGAAUACUAUUAAUAACUGUGUAUUCUCCAAGGCCUGAACCAGAAGCUGCAAUUUCAAGUAAAAAGCAAAAAAUUGAUGUAAGUAAAUAUUUGUAUUAUUGUAAGGUAACAGAGAAAGUUGUCACGAUCUUAAGUCUGAUGAUCGCUUAGGGCGUGAAACUAAAGUAAAAACUUUCUCCUUAUAGGUUGGAUUUCCACUGUAGCAUAAUUUUUACAUGCGCACGCACGUACAUUUUACGUGCAUAAAUAAAAUAGAGACAAUGUAAAAAGUGUCGCGUGUAAACGUAAAAGUUGAGGGACGUCAACUUUAACGUUUACGCACGGCCUUUCAUACACUGCCUCUGUUUUAUUUACGCGUGUAAAAUUUACGUGCGUAUGCACGUGAAAUUAUGCGGCAGUAGAAAUUCACUAUUACUGUUUUGUGUAGCUCUGCAUAUCGAUGCAUGGAGCGAUCCCAGGAAAAGUUUAAAAUAAUAAUAAAUUAAUAAGAAGAAGAAGAAUAACAAUAAUAAUGACAAAAAUGACGGUGAUGAUGAUGACGAUGAACAAUAUGAUAACGUGGGGAAGAAAAUAUGUAAUUAACAACAGUCAUGUAUACUAUGUAUACCGGGUGAAACUCUCCUUCUCGUCUUUUCAGGCAGGUUUUCAUGUAUUUUUUUACCUUUUCUCUAUAGACUGAAGAAAUAGAGACAAUGUCUACAUCUGAUGCCGUUGAAAUGACAGCUCAGGACAUAAUCCCCAGGUUAAAUAAAGAAACUGUAACAGAUCUAGUUCUGGUCAGCAUGUUAGCUCUGCCAGACAGCAUCCCUUCACAUUUCCACGACACCUACACGCCCAUAGCGGCAGCUGGCGGUCAAGCCCAAGUGGUACAUCUCGCACGACUUUUGGCCACUCAGAUGAAUGCUGCUAAAGUCGGGAAGGGUUACGAGAGAAUGGAAGCCCUGAGAAAGGUACUGUUGAAAUAACAAUGAAUUUCGGUUAAAAAAAAAAAAAAAAAAAAAAAAGAUUGGCCAUUUUAAGGCUGCGUGUGAAACUGGGUCAUUGUUGCCUCGAUUUGCAUUGUGGGAGUUGCCCUAAACCUCUGUUUCAAAGCGAGGCUAAGUGCUAGGCCAUUGCUAUGAAAAUGAUUUUUUACUCUCGUCCAAAUAAAACUCAGCAUUUUCACAAGAAAAGUUUUGCACUUAGCCUCGUAUUGAAAGCAAGGUAUUUUGGAACUCGGAAAUGAUCUAUUUGAAGUAUCCGACCCAGAUGCAGAACGUUAGACUUGCUGUCACACGCCUUGUUUUAACCAUAAGAUUACGCGAAAAAUGGUUUGGUAGGCUAAGUUAUUGAUUAGGUGCGUAAGAAGCGAUGUAGCGAAACAUAACGCCGAGUUUCUCAAUUCCUUUUCGUUAAACUAGUUCACGAUUUCUUAGUUUCGAUUAUCUUGUACGCUUCACUGGAGCCAUAGUAUCUAGGAAAUGAAUAACAAACAUUUGAAAAGUACUGCUGAGAACUUUUUUUAUUUGGUAACACCAUAGGGUUUUAUCCACAGACUUUAAGUUGAACGCUUUUACACAGAAUAAUAAACAGUACCAUAUGAAAGUACUACUGAAGAGGUAUCACUCAAAUGGUAACACCAUAGGGUUUUAUCUACAGACUCAGAAGUUAGAACUACAUACUAACUAAAUAGCACCAUGUGAAAGUACUGCUGAAGAAGUUUCAUUUGAAUGGUCGCGCUUCACACUGCUCUUCUAACAAACACAUAUCUCGAUGACCGAUCGUUAAGAAGUUAAUUUAUUUUAAAAAGAAGCAUGCAUGUGUAUUUCUAUUGUUUUAGGCUCAAAAUGACCCCAGCAUGAAAGAAUCAGAGAUCAUGUCCAUUCCUGUGAUUGGCGGAGGUGCUUCAUGGGGAAAUAAUGGAGCCGGUAACGAAGAAAACUCGAUGGUGAGUCAGGAUUUGUCGUCACAGCUUAUUAGAGUUCUACCAACAGUGCAUUUUACUAGGCAAUUGAUUUUUUACGAGUUACCGGCACGUGAAUGGAGACGCGAUUAAGUGUUUGUAAGCGUAUCGGACUCCUGUUAUGAAAAUUUGGGGUUUGACGGGUAGCCUUAACUAGGCUGACACUAAUGUAGAAUUGAGAACCCUGGAAAAUUCGAAUCUCCUAUUCCUUCGCUCUUUGUGUUUUGGGAGAGGUGCUGCGUGAUGACACAAAAAAAUGCCGGCUAGAAAGCUCUAGACCGUUCACGACCCGCUAUUUUUUUUUCCAUGAACGCCCAAUCUGGACGUGUGUGCCAAAGCGGCGCGCCAGGGUUGGGGUACGAAAAGCGAAAAAAAAAAACUCACCCUCUACCCCUACCCCCUCAUGGAUCACGCUCUUUCAAGUUUGCGCAGAGAAAAUGAAACGACUUAAACACUUAACGAAAACUCGAAUUUAUAACUUUUCUUACAGGAUUCCUGUGAAACACCUCGGCGGUUCUUGUUUUAAUACCUCCUCUUGAAAAAUUUCUGGAAUUUCGUCAUAAUAUCUGACGACUAGGGUGUCAGUAGAGGCUGUUCAGGGCCUGUUUACAUGGAGUUGGGGGACCACAGGUAGGUGAGGUAACAUUUGGCGGGUCACCCCAGCUAACGUGUAAACGUAAUCAUAUUAAAAUGAGAGAUUAUAUGGACAGGCGGGUUACCUCACCUACCUGGGGUCCCCCACAUCCACGUAAACAGGCCCUCAGUCUUCUUAUUGGGAAAUCUACCCUCUUGCGUAUAUCAUUAAAAUGCUCGAUUUGCCUUAGUCUUUGUAUCCUGGAAACCUCUUGGAGUUUCAUUUGCCUUAGACUAAUUAGUCUAACUUUGUUCCACGUUGUCUCUCUUUACCCAGGAAAGAGUUUUUGUUGGAGGGGGAGAGUUUUUCUCUAACCCCCUCCCUGGGAGUUAGUGCCACGAGCUAUUUAUGUCCUUACCCCAGGGGGCUUAGUUUGUCGAUUUAAAGGAUAAUUAAAUUAGUUGCAUCUUUCCCCCUUUUUUUCUUUAGUUUAUGUAUGGUCAGGCUAAACCUGAUGAGGAUUCAGCACUUAAGAGAAUGCUAGGUAUGUUAGAUUUAAUCAAGGCUACAAUGAUCGGCCAGCUAGCGCUUAGUAGGCUCGAUUACAAGCCGCUGUUUGGAAAAAGGGACCCGCGUUCAUCCCCCUUUAUCUUUAUCUUCAUCCCCCUUUAUCUUCUGACUUAACGCUGAAGAGCGGCGGAAAGAGAGCCUAUGAUUAUUUUGAGUCAAUUUUUGUUAGUUAAACGUCUGAAGGAAGAAACGUUAUUCGCACUUUGUGCCAUUGUUAGUUUGUUAUUGCCUAUUAAGAGCACUCCACCUGCUCAUGAUUUUUGAUCCCUUGUCUUUCUUGGAAUUAAAUAAGCGCCGUUACUUUUUACGUAUUGUUAAGAAACAAGUGUCCGUCUAAGGCCUGGUUUUUACUCGCGCAUAAACGUAAGCGUAAGCAUAAAGCACGAGCACACGUGUAAGCAAGUGAAAACACCGGUGACAGUGCUUAUGCUUGUGCUUGUGAAAACCAGGCUUAAGGCGUUGCAUGGCUGCCUGCCGAGGAAAGUGGACGUGCACUUAGCUUCUCUAGCUUUAAGUUUACAGGCAGUGCACUCAAAUAAUUUGAAACCGAUAUUAUAAACAGAACUAGGUUUGAUAGCCCUAACUGACAGGAGGCAAUCAGCUGGCUAGUCGCAAGCGUAUCCAAGUAUGUUAAUUCGGUACAAGUUGUACGACCGACAAACAAAUAUAAGCGGUGGUCAGAGCUGAACUCGAACCCAGCAACGCCGGAUUGCGAGUCGGACACGCUCACCACCCGGUCACGCUACCUCUUAUUUAUCUUAUUAUUAUUAUUAUUUACUGUUUCUCACAGGCGGUCAUUUCGAUGCAACCAAAGAAAAAAGACCUCUGGACACAAAAAAGGUAUCAGCCUUUGUAUACAGCACACAUGAGAGGAUAAUGUGCAAGAAGUUUUGCCGGCUUUCCCUUUCAAAGAAAUCCCUGUUGUUUAUUUGUAUGUCGGUGAGCUGGGUCGGGAGCGAGAGGUCAGAAUGUCAAAUCUUGUCCACGUGGCUAUUGCAGACAAAUCGCAGGUUUUUUCGGUAGAAAUGGUCGACUGUCGGCGAUCAUAAUGUUUUGUAAUUAACUUUCUUUGACAACUUCUGUUGUUUACUGUGGGCUUAACAUCUUAAUUUAUUUUUACGUAUAAUCAAUCAAUAGUCAUGGUUACUAGCCGACAAGCACGCUUUGAGAUGGGGAAAUGUUGUGGAAGAGCUCUUUUUCUCCCCCUACCCAAGCCCCUGAGCCCUGACCUUUCUCUCGGUAAAUCAUUUCGAUUGGCCGGAAUUGUAAUGUAGCUUUAUUACCAGUAAUUUUUUUUUUGUUUUUUGUUGUUUUUGUUUUUUAACAAAUGUUCAGAUAUAUGCUUUCCAUUUUGUAGACACCGUUUGUUCCGAAAGAGCCUCCAGUCCCACAAUUGGUAGGUAUCACAGUCAAGUCUUUUUAGGUUUCUGGGAAACUGCCCACCUACCCCUCCCCUUAGCCAACAUUUUGCCCUAAGUGAGAAGUAAGUGAUAAUGUUACCUUUGGGGAGGGGUAGGUGGGGAAAUUCCCAGAAACCUAAAUUGAUCCGUCUUUUUAAGCCGUUAAGUCCUAAGAGUGACCAACAUUAAUUUUUUCCCAACAAUAUCAGUGUAUCAUAUAGAGAAAAGGUUUUGAGAAUUAUGAAGUUGAUCGCUAAAGGAAAAAAUGCUUUGAUCUUCUAUCAAACUCUCCCAACUAGUUCUUUAAGAAUUUCUGUUUGGAUAUUUGGACUUGAAGGUUUAAAUUAACCCUAAAGGACACCUCUGUAAGUAAGGCAUCUAAUUUUAGUUCCUGGUUGCCGCUAGUUCAGUUACUUAUUUUAUUUUAAGGGCUGGACUGUAUAAAACACGGGAGCCUCUCUCAGACAUACGCAUCACAUUAAUCAUGGUCCAAGUACAGAUAAGGUCCAAGCAGUCUUAAGUCUGCCCAUUUGAACUUAGUAGAGUUUCAACUCAGUUUUGUAUCACUUACCCUAUAAAUGGGGAGAAAAAUCAUGUUUCUAAUGGCUGGCAUUCUCUAGCCUUCAGAACAGGAGUAAUUUUCCUGCAUUUUUCAAGAGAGCAAAGGCAAGCUCGAAGCGAGUGAGGAGCGCCAGGCGUGUCUCGCGUCUGGUGCUCCUCGCUUGCUUUGCGCUUGCCCUCGCUCCUAUGAAAAAAUGCGGGAAAGUUACGCCUGUUCUGAAGGCUAGUAUUCUCCCCCUCUCUUAUUCAAAGAAAAAUCAGUUAAAAUCAAUGAUUCAAUCAUGAUGAUAAAGAAAAGAGGCAAACCUAUUCUCGGAGACUGCUCUGCUGUCGCUCCUUUUCGCUUGUCAAUGGUAACAAUGUUUAACAACCACGAGGACCCAGAUCAGUUGCUCCAGACGAUGGCAUUUUUGUAGUUUUACAAUUAUACGAGAAUUAUCAGAAAUUCGAAACAGGGCAAAAAGGCUCUGCAAGAAAAUCAUUUGUUGUGUGUUGUAUAUUUGUGCUUACAGCGCAUGCGGAAAAUUAAACCGUUCAAGUUAUUCGACGUGACGAGAAUUUUGAAUCCAGCUGAGAGACAGAGAAUGAUGACGUGCGCAGUAAACAGAAUACUUGCUGCUGAAAGUGAGUUAGGGACUGACCAUUGGAAAUAACCGGGGGUGGGGGGAACUAGUCUAAAAAAAAAAUCCUGCAAGCGGUGAUACCUAAAACCAAUAAGUCAUAUGCCCUAGAAAAAAAUUCCUGCAGACAAGCGGGCUUUUAAAAAAAAUUGAUGCACCAAACAUUUUCCACCCCCCUCCGGUUAUUUCUAAUGGUCCGUCCCUUAGCGAUCUCAAAACAGAUAACUCGGGAUAGUUCUAGUUUUCUCAUCUGUUAUUUACUAGUAAAUCUUAGUGAGAUAAGAAUAUAUUAUACUUUCCUGUUUUAUUAUAGACUAGUAUACACGACCCCUCAAGCAUUUUUACUUCUUUAAUACUGCAUGAUCAUGUGUAAACAAACGAUAUUCAUUCAUUCAUGCUUACACUUUCCUCAAGUUAAGACAAGUAUAUUUAUUGCGCACAUUCAUAGAAAUAAUAUACAUUCCAUUUACGUGGAUCCCAUUUUGAAACUGCACCUGGCCAAACUUUUCAAUUUCUCUCCUUUUGAUGCUCAUUGUAACUCAUUCUUUGUUUGAUUUCAUCCUAUUGGUCGUCUGGGAACAAUUCGCGUGUGGGGAAGAUUACAAAAAUUACUAUGACCUAUGAAGCUACCCAUAAACAUAGUGUUUGUAUUAAUGGUGUGUUUCUUCUUGUUGUUGUUGUUUUAUUUCUAGACAGUGCAGCACGAAGCGGUGUGAUUCAGGUAUUAAACGUGACUGAAGUAAUUGAUUGUUUCAUUUAAGCUCCCUAUCCCAGCACCCGGUAGGAGGGGUGGGUAUUCUAGGGAUGUUUGGGCUGGGUUGUUCCACUAGGAUCCAGCUAGGAUCCUUUCCUUUGCCAGUCCACGUUCAGUUGCAAUUUUGCUCUCUUAUUCUACACUGAACACCAAAAGUCCUCAGUACCCUGUCACAGACUAACCAUAAACGGGGAACUCAAAUUCUUGAUGCCACGAAUCAGUGUACAAUAGUAAUUUAUUCUCACUACAUUCCUAUUACCACAUCACGGUAAACUAAGUUAUGGGAGGAGACCGCGACAACUGUGGCAACAAAGGUAUGCAGCUGGAGGCAAGGGUAGCCGCGUCAACCGGCACCAGGGGAGGAGGGUAGGGCGACAGAAGCUUCCCUCACCGGAAUGGGGGCAAAAAGACAACGAUCGAGGUAAAACACGGGAGUUUAAGCAAAGAGACAGCAAUAUGCAAUUCUGUAUGCAGUGAGUCCAUAAAUAAUAGCUUAUUAAUAAAGACCAAAACGGUUGGAGUGAGGGGGGGAGGGGUUGCGGUUCGUCAUCAUUUCAAUUCCCAAGUUCGUUUAGUUAAACACGAUCUUAGUCUUAAUCGUUUAUUUUCACGUUAUUUUAAAUAUUCUGAAUUGAUUUUCAUUAUUUCUAGGAACGGAUCAACGUUGUCGUUAGCCUAGUAACACAACUUGGAGGUGAAAUAAAAACAGGUACAAUCAUUACCCCCUCAAGGCCAAGUAUAUUCUCUUGACCCUCCUCCCUAUUCUUCCUGUGGUAAUAACCCCGGGAAUUGAAGGACAGCGAAAAAAAACUAAAUAUUUAGCCAGAGAAAGGCAAGAUUUCCUCGUCAAAUGUGAAUUUAGCUGGGCUGUCAGUCAAUGAUGAGGAUAACUUUCAAUUUCAAAAGGGGAAGUGGACGGAUAAGUUUUAGACGGGAAAUGAAAUCGUUAUUGACCGAAUUCAUUUGAGACAAAUUUUAGGUGUGUUUGACUCUGCGCCGGACAAGGUUGAAGAGACGAGAGGCACUCGACAUCUUGACAUAGAACCAGCCUCAUUGGAGUCGAGACAGGGGUCGUUUCCAGCUCAAGUGGGACAGUCUUCCGCUUUCACUUGUGCCUAAGACACGAGACAGUAGAAGGUUUAAACGUCGAUCAGCGUCCCUGUGAUCGACUCCCAAUUUAAGACCAAAGUUAAACCUUUUUAGCAAUGUCAAGUGUAAGAUUAAAUGAAUUUGUCUCGUUUUAUCACACAACAGUCCUUCAAGAGUUCAUCCAAGAAGAUAUCCGGGCUCGUUACGAUCUUCUGAUGGCCUGGCUCUAUCAGGAAUACAGUGCCUAUCAAGUCGACGCCAUGGAGGAUGACAGUGAAUCAAGUCAGUCAUACAGUGACUGUCUGCUCAAUCUCAUGGAUGGAUUAUAUUCCAAGUUAGACCCAAAAGACAAGUAGGUUUGGUUGUAUUAGGCGUACCGUUUUCCAAAUUACGAUCAGACAAACCUCCUAAAUUUUGCUGAAGUCAGUCAGUCGUACAGUGACUAUCUGUUUAGUCUCAUGGAUGGAUUAUAUUCCAAGUUAGACCCAAAAGACAAGUGAGAGUUCUUUAUCCAGUCUGGUUGUAUUAAGCCCUUGGCAUUCCGAACAACGACCAGAGAAACCUCCCUAAUUUUGACCAAAAACGGGCGCAAAGGUCUCCAUAUUGUUUGAAGAUUUAUACUACCAAAAUAGUGAUUGCAUGAUGAUGAAGUUUGGCGUCAUUAAGGCUUAAAAAUGCUGUCCAUAAUUAAGCGCGGUUCUAAAAACAUGACCAUUUUCCCGUCAUCUGAGCCCAGAAGGCACUUGUCUCUAUCGCUCAAUCACACCUUGUUUGCUCCCCAACAUUUUGUCUAACCUUUGUUUUUCAAGUGCAUUUUGGGAUAUUUGCAAGUGGUGAAUGGCCCUUAUGCAUGAUUACGUCAGACGUGCCAAUUUCACCACCAAGCCCCCGUCGUUUGUAAGCAAAAUUCGUCGCAUUUGCACUCUUUGUGCGAGGGUAUUCUUUUCAACCCUACUACCUUGUCAAUUCAUUGAUGUAAAACUUCACAACUUUACAAUUUCAACAGUAGGCGUGGCAAUGAAAUUUUUCGGUUUGGCGUAAGUUUGUAUAAGGGCCAUUGAUGUAGCGCGAGUUGUCGCUCAUGUUUUUUUUUUUUUUUACUGUUUGGCUCUGUUACAGGUUGUUUACACGCAUCCUGUUGGAUAUUCCUUCACUUACAGACGGUGCAGUGAUGGCUGUCAGAAUGUACUGCGAGGACUUGGUUAGUAAUGAAACACGCAGGCAUUAUUCUUGAAAUCGUCCUCUCCGAUUCGUUUAAUUCAUGCACUCAUCGUUGUUUCUCUAGGAACGUCUUCAAGUUGGAUUUUCCACCAUAAGAGAAUUGAUCUUAAAGCGGCCCGCGACCCAACUGCAGCUGCUGGAGACUUUGUUGGAACUGACCACAAAUGAGAAGGAACAAGUCCGAGUUCAGGCCAUUCACUCUGCCAAAAAACUUCACAUAAGACCCGAACUAGCUGAACAUAUCGAGGUGAGUGUUUGUCUAUGGCUAUUCUAAACAUCACUUAAGGAAAAGACUGUCUAUUCCUCCUUCUAGUCCCGGCUUCAGUUCCCAUUUUCUUACCUUUCAUUAUACUAUGAACAUUUUUUUAUGUUUAGAGACCUUUCGAUUCGAGAACGACAAUGAGGGCGAGAUUUGCGUAUUCGUAAAAAAAUAGACACCAAGAAAGCUUCAUGGUACUUUUGAAUCAUUAUGCGUUUCUGGCAAACUGCCCACCUACCCCUCCCCUAAGCCAACAUUUUGCCCUAAGUGAGAAGUAAGUGUUAAUGUUGGCUUAAGGGAGGGGUAGGUGGGUAGUUUGCCAGCAACGUAUAAUGAUGCGUACUUUAUCACCAGAAAAGCUAGUAUUGUUAUCUUUAUUGAAGGAGGUUAAGCUCUCUCCUGAUAGCAACACGAUAAAACUUGUAAUAUUUGAUGACUUGUUUCCGCUACUACGACGUUCUAGCUAAAACACGUAGUAGAAUGAUGACGGCUACUAUCGCGUUUCCCGCCAAAACAAGGAUCUUACGAAACUACGACGGCGACGACAAAAGGCAAUAGGUUUAGUUAGCAAAACAACAACUUUGCACGUGCAUUACGCUUUUUGUACAUUUCUUAGCUGUCCGUGCACGACUACGACAUAAAAUGACUUCAUUUUAAGGUUUUUUGAGGACGGGAAUGGCAAGGCGAUAAAUUCUACCGUCUCUGUCUGAACUCAGGCGCGUCCCCCUCUCUUCAGCUCCAACUAAACUUUUUAAUUUCAGAACUAUGCUCUGGGCUCAUUACAACAGCUGCUCGCUGAUCAUCCGCCAGCCCCUCCUGGACAAGAUCCCGAUGAAGGUAAAAUUUUUUAAUGUAAGCUGAUUGCUCGUACAGUAUGCGUCAACGGCAACUAAAAAGAACCUCCAUUAGCGUAUUCUUUAACUGCUUUGUUUGUUUGUUUGCUUUUCCUGCAGAGGUCGCUCCAGGCGAGUGGACGGAUGACACCAUUAAACUUUGUCUUUAUUUGUACCUUGCCCUUCUUCCACAGAAUCAUAAGUUAUUUCAUGAGUAAGUCCGAUGCUAAAUUGUCAAGUUAAUCUUCUCUCAAAACUACAAUAGUGCGUUGCCGCUUUAACAUUCUUCUAAUUUGUCUGUCUACUUCCCUUUUCUCUCCAGACUCGCUCAAGUUUACACAGCCUCCUCGCAGAUCAUAAAAAGAAUUAUUCUAAGACAUCUGGAACAUCCCGUAAGUACUAUCAUUCAGUUGAGUUUGUUUCGUAUUGUCAACCCUGGACUUUUCAGCAUAAAGUCAACUCUGUCUACGGAAACCGCUGGAACAAGCACUAGCUGUCCGUCUUAGAGAGGUGUCCGCUUUAACCCUUUAAAUAACCAGCAUCAACUUUCUCUUUAAAAUAUUAGAAAACUUUAGAUUCUGAGACGAGGAAGACUACGAGUACGAGAUUUUCUCAAUACUAAGUAGUGCACACGCGUGAACCAGCGUCAUUUUGGCGGGAAAACGUGAUAGCCGUCGUCGUUCAAGGUUAUCAAAUUUUAGAACUUUAACCAUUUUGCGACCGGGAAAGGGCUUAACCUUCUCCAAUAAACAUAACCUCCCUCUUUGCACAAUAGAGAGUUUUAAAUCGGAGUUUGCCACGAACCUCUAACCGCGGUUUGCGGUUACCCGUUUGCGGUUCGACGUUCACACAUAAUUCCAGUUAGAUUGGCGGUGGAUUAGAUUACGCCCGCCAUUUUUUCAAGAUCUAAUAGGAUUUAUAAAUUUAGCAUUUCGCCCGAAUUUGUGCCUCUGUUAAUGGAUAAAGACUUGCUCCACAAGAUUUUUGUAUCAUUACGUGGGAUAAAACAAGAAUUAUACGCUAAAAGCUUUCAGGUAAAUGACAUACGUGAAAACCUACCUCCCCUCGUUGAAAACGAACGUCGUAAACCUCAAACGUGACGCGAAAGACUUGUCACGUGACCUCCAGCGGUUAGAGGUUCGCGGGAAACUCGAAUCUAAAACUCUCUAAUGAAGCUUUCCGGGUUGAAUAUUUUUCGAGAAUACGUGAAAAUACUUAAAGUUAAAUGUCGUAUUAGUACUCGUCCUCGUUCUCAAAUCUAAAGCUCUCUUUUAAAAAAUCAAGAGACAAGGUAAUGAGAAUUUAUAAAAUAAUCACCUAAGGUAAAUGCUUUGAUUUUUAAGCAAAUAUUUCUCAAAAAAUUCUUUAAGGAAUUGUAUGGAUAUCAGUGUAGAGAAUUUGUAUGUGUGGAUACUGGGGCUAAAUAGAGUCAAGGAAAGUGACUGAAGAAAGGUAGAGAUCAACCAUAGCUCUGCGUUAUGAGAGCUGACUGUAGUACUAUAUUUUUCGUUGACGCCUUUACGUUUACUGUGUCCUUAGGUGCGUGCGAUUGGAAUGGCUUCUCCUGAACUCCUACAAUUGGUUGAGAACUGUCCAACAGGAGCUGAAACACUUAUAGCCAGGAUCCUCAAUAUUAUAACUGACAAAGGUAACGAAAUGUUUGGCUUUAAUUUAAGCUCACAAUAUCCUCAAAUAAGAGAAACGUAUUUGUUAGAUAUACUUCCUUGAUCAAGAAACCUACUUUUAAUGGUCACCGAUAGAAAGCCGUCGCGCAGUUAAAUACUCUUCAGUUCAGUCUGACAUUGCGCCAGAAUUACAACUCUCAAACUUUUGAUACAGUGAGUAACUUUUUUGCAUCAAUUUUCUCUUCCAGCGGUACCCACUGCAGAGCUUGUAAAGCGAGUCAAAGAACUUUAUCACAAGCGCGUAUCUGACGUAAGAUUCUUGAUUCCUGUGUUAACUGGCCUGAAGAAGCAGGAAAUUAUCGCCGUGCUGCCUAAACUGAUCAAACAGUCGCCCAGUGUUGUUAAGGAAGUUUUCAACCGACUGCUCGGGUGUUUUCACAGUAAGUGAUCGGAAAGUAGUCAUCAUUUGAGCCUACUAGAUCUCACAAGACAAAUAGUUCUAGUAAAAUUGUAUACCCCAUGGGGUCUCGUCUGAAGAUUCGAGAAACAAGGUUGCAUGAUGUGAUUGCAGAGUUUUCAUUGGCUUCAGUAGCUGUCAUGUUUAGCGAUCUUUGAUUAUGUCCAACGAAAUAUUUAUAAUCAUAGCUAAGAAUAUUAAACUCAUGGGUGUCUGGAUAUUAGCCUGCGAACGCAGGCCUAUUUCCGUUCGUCGCAUCUCUCCACCCGCAAAAGUAACUUUCUGGAUAUCGGAUAAAACACUUUUUUUCCUUUUUUACACUAUCCAAUGACUGCCCACUUCCCCCCUCAGGCUCUUCGUAUUUCCCAUAGAGGCGAGCGCGAAACGCGAGUGACACGCGCGAGUGACUGGCGACGAAGUGCAAUGGACCAUGGGAAGGAUGAAGAAGCGAGGCGAAGCGACUUCUCGUCCGUUUUCUCGUUCCCGCCUUCCCAAAGACCUUACAUUGUGGUUUCAUGCAAACUUAUCUCUUUUUCCAGGUGACUCGAAGGUAUCCGCAACCAGUCCCCUCAGUCCGUCGGAGCUGCUUGUUGCUCUACAUCAGAUUGAGGCCAAGAGCGACAUGAAAUCUGUUAUGAAAGGUACUUUUGUUAGCUGCGGCUGGUUGAAAGUAUCUCGCCUUUGCUUUGAAGAUAUUGUAGUAAAUGAGUUAAAUUACUACAUAAACCAUUGAAAGGCAUCUGUACUCUGCUUGUAAUUCUAGCGAGUUGUUAUUGUGCUUAAUGGUUGAGCACUAGAAAAGAAAAAAUCCUCGCCACUUUCUCUGACUGAAUCAGUCUUUUCCCUUUUAAAGAAUUUAAAACAGCCUUUGUCGGGAAUCCAGCACCAGCUUAUUGGGAUUGAAUACUUACUCAGCAGCUCUAGGGUAGGCUGAGCAGCAGCCCAUGCGCCUGCAACGCAGGUUCCUCCUGGACUUCCUGGGCAUAUACCGAACCGUUCCAGAACCAUUUAUAUUCAUUACUUCUGAUUGUCCCUAAUAGUAAGUCCCCCUGUGCCGUCUCGUUUUUGUAGUAAACUUUGCCUGCUAUAAUUCCGCCUGUUACUAUUCCCUCCUUAUCAGCGUUUCCUCAGUCUCAGAAGGCGAUUUAUACCGUAAAGCCAAUUACUAUUUUUUGUCCACACGCAGCUAGCAGCUUGUGUUUUGCGGAGAAGACUAUUUACACUCAAGAAGUGUUGGCAGUGGUUUUACAACAACUGAUGGAAAUGAAUCCUCUCCCAACCCUGUUCAUGAGGACGGUAAUUAUUUCUUUGCCAGUAUGGUCUGAUCAGUAUACAUACCUUCAUAUACACCUAAUUCAAAAAAGGUUGCUUUGGAAAUUCGCGACUGUAGAAACCAGAAGGGAACUGGGCCGAGUUAACUUUCGCAAAGACUUUUGGGAUCUUUAGUGGGGACGGGAAAAGAAAGUGGCCAAUAGCUGACCAGCGCGUCCCCAGUAACGAUCCCAGAAGCCUUUGCGAAAGCUAACUCAGCCCAGUUUCCUUCUCGUUUUUAAAAUGGCGAAUUUGCCACUGUAGAAACGGGAAGGAAACUGGGCCGAGUUAAUUUUUGCAAAGGCUUCUGGGACAGGAGAAAAAAUUGGCCAAUAGCUGACCAGCACGUCCCUAGUAACAAUCCCAGAAACAACUGCGCUGUUCUAGUCCCCUUCUCGAUUCUGAAGUGGCGAAUCAAUUGAUUAUUGGCGAUUGGGUGUUUAGUUACACAAAACUCACUGCAAUGAGUUGCUUGAGUGACCACCAAACAAUAGCUUGCCAGUGAGCAAUUCCCAAUGCCCGAUGUAACCUUCUUUAAAUCAACUAAUAACAUGGACCUUCUAGGAAAGCUUUCGAUAAAAUGACCAGAAUCCACGUCAGAAUUUAUUGAUAAAUCACCUCUCUUUUUUUUGCUUCUUUGCAGGUGAUCCAAUCUCUCAGCAUAUGUCCUCGAUUAGUUGGUUUCGUUAUGAACAUACUCGCUAAACUGAUCACCAAACAGGUAAAAGUUGUACCGUUGAUAACUUUCCGAUAUAUGACCUUGAUUUUUUGA